CUCGGCUCCACAACAACUCUCCCUACCCCAUACUCACGAUCAUUUGUUCGGCCUCGGCCCUGACCUCGUUUCUUCCCCUUGGACUUCCCCUGAGAGACGCCUCGCUUUUGUGUGUUUGUGUGUGUGUGGACAGGACGAGGACCAAGAAACGCACGCACGCCAUUCUGGACCGGAGUCACAAGACCAACUUCUCCCGCGCAUUGCAUAUACGCACACACGCACAAACACACACUAUUUCAGACGACGAUCGUCCCAACAUCGGCCACGUCUUUGCAUUGCUCUAGCACUUAAAUCAGAAAAAGGUGUUGCUGAUCGCCUCACUCGACGAGGGGUCACACCAAUUUGGGUCAUCAUCGCCUGAGGAAUACUACUUUCCUGUGUCAUACCAUCAUCCUACGGUGCAAAGCCAGCUUCCCUCGCCCCGCCUCAGCAGCAGCCCUCACCUCAAUUGCUCUGUCCUCCUCUAACCACACACGCCUACGAUCUUGCAAGCCUCUCGAGGUCGCUGAAUCACCUCUAACUACCCUCGACUCCCCCUGUUGUAUAGAGCAUGACACAGCCAACACAGGCGCGGAGGCGCUUCGCUCCUGUGCCUAUCGAGACCACCUUUAAAGAGCACCGCAGAGGAGGCCCAGCCGCCGAGCCGACGCCUGAACCCUCCCCGACAGAAGAGUCUCCCCCUCCGCCCCCGUCACCUCCCAAGAAGCGCCGGUUCGCACCGCAACUCCUCGAGUCCACAAGAAGAUCACGAAGAGCUGGAGACACUGUGCCCGCCACGAAGCCGGCUGAUAAGACCGACAUUACACCCUACUCGAAACAUAUCUACUCCCUGUCGUCCAAGAAGAGGCCACACAAUAGGAGGCCCGGCCAUGCCAGGCGAGAAUCAUGUGAUGAUGAGAUCGCCGAGCAUGUCUUCGAUCUCAACAAGCUGGAGGCGCAGAAGCGCAUGGAGGAGCUGGCCAUGUCGGCGUUCCCUAACAGCACGAUGAGACUGGGUGGUGCAGAACAUUUCUUUCUGCGGGAAGGGUCUGACGAUGAUGACAGCCCGAGGGGCAGGGGCAAGACACGCGCCGGCAACAAGGACGAGCGGAGAGACUCGUCGGAGGACAAUGUGAACUGGAUGGUCAAGGAGAUGCAGAAGCACGCCGACCAGCUGGCUGCAGACAGGGGUGAGGCCGACUCUUGGGAUUCUGGAUCGAUCAGGAGCGAGGGUCCGCCAGACAACACCUUUGCCUUCACCAACAAGGCUCGCCAUACCAUUAGGGGAUCCAUAGGGCCUCUGAGUCCCAUUGGCGAGGAUUUGAAGGCGGUGGACAACACGCGCCCAGGCACGUUCGGUGAGACCGUGGAUGUGGACAUGCCCGAUGCGCCAUCCCGCCCUUCUGCUGCUGCUGCUGCUUCGCCGUCCCAACCACCGCAAGAGACAGGCUUUGCACGCCCACGUGGGGCUUUUGGUCGUUUUUAUGGCUAUCAGAACCAGGCUGGUGCCCAGGACAAGGCCGCCGAGAAAGCAUUGUUCCGACUGAGGACCCUGAAAAGCCCGCCCAUGGCCGGCAAAGACCUCACUUUUCGUAUGUGCCCGUCUCCGAAGCAGACCAAGCUCGAGUCGGACCAGAAGUGGGACGUCGCUGCCGGCGCCAACGUCGAGCAAAACCGGGAUACUACUGGACAAAAUGGGCUCUGGAGAGGGUACUGCUUCACGAGCAAGGGCGAUGAAGCACUGGCCCCCUCUGUCCGCCCGGCACCCAUGCUCAUGACCCCAUCAUUUCCCGCCACGCCUUUUGAACACAGCGAUCCAUAUGCCACGACCGAUGGGACAUUGGCCCCCUACCCAGUCUCUGCCGAGCCCACACCUAUGGCAUCUGGCCAGUCGUCGGGGCUCUUUUCCAUCUCUGAACACCGCUCCCGCGGCGGUCAGCCCAAGGGCCUUCAUAUGCUGAUGGGCCUGGAGCAGCGACUGCAGCAGGAGAAGGCUGCCGCGGACUUCAAUGAGCGCAUCGCAGCCGAGUUCAAUGACCAGUUCGUGACGCAGGUCUACAAUUACCUCAGCCUGGGGUAUCCUGCUACGGCGCGGGCUUUUGAUGAAGAGUUGUCGAAAAUCAGCAGGAUACCCACCAACGAGUUGCAGAUUGAGGAUGACGUCGUUAUGGACGGCAUAGGCAGCCGGGCUAAGGGUCAUAUCAAGAUCAGCAUGGACCUGGAUAUGAGCGAGGAUAGACGCUGUCCACGUUGGAGGGCCCUGAAGCAGUACAUCUUUGAGUGGGCUCGACAACAUCCUGAUCUCGACAGCAUCACCCCUCUUGCAUGGGGUGUGGCAGAGAGGCGAGGCAGCUGGGGCAUAUGAUCCCUAGAGAUGGGGCUGUCAUGAACAGUUAGAGGGAAGAGAGGAGGGAAGAGAGGAGGGGCAGUUUCUUAGCCACCAUUGCCAUUUGCAGUUUCUAUCUUUACGUCUUUCGUUUGGCCUUUCCCCCUUCUCCCCCCCCCCCCCAGGGUCCCUUGAGGUUCUAUGCACUACUGGGUGCCAUUGCGUUCGUUAUUAGAAGGUUUUUUGUCCAUGCUGGUCAAGCAUGGUUAUGACAUGUGAUAGACAGACUUAUGAUGGGAAGAGCAUACUGGUUUCGACACCAUGUCACUUCAUUGCUGAUGUGGAAAGGAGUGGCAAGAGGAUAAAAGAGGAAUGGAGCCCUCACCUUUCUGUCCUUUCUUUUCAAUGUUUUUUUUUUCUUCUUCUUUUUCAUUUUGCUAAACACAUGGUAGAUGUGGUAGAGGGAGGGUGUGUGGUCAUGCGAGCAUCAUUCAGCAUAGAUUGGCAAGAGGCAAACAGACAUAGGAUAGCGAAGAAAUUGAGAUUCCAAGGUGGCCAUUUCCUGGCAAUC